AUGUCAUUGUUUUCAUUUAAUAGUAUGAAGCAUUACCUACUAAAAUUUAGAUAUUUCAUUCUGAAACUUAAAUCCAAUCAAAUGUAUCAUAUAAAAAUUGUAAAAAUAAAUAAAAAAAUGUCAAGACAACAAGCAGAUCCAGCUUUUGUCCUUAACUUUUUCACUGAAGAGCUUAAUAGCGAUAAUGUUCACCACAGAUUGUUUGCAGCAAGUAAUAUUCAAUUAGUUGCUGCUGCAAUGGGAGCUGAACAUGCUAGAACAGAAUUAGUUCAAUUUCUAAUGAAUGCGAAUCAACUAGAUGGUGAAGUUCAAAUGAUAUUAGCAGAUAAUAUGGGUAAUCUCGUGAAAUACGUAGGCGGACCAGAAUACGCAAGCUCGUUAUUAGGACCGCUUAAAAUUCUUGCAUCCGCUGAAGAAGCAAUUGUUCGUGAUAAAGCUAUAGAUUCUAUGAAUUCGGUUUGCAAUGCAAUUCCAGCAGCUUCAGCUGAUAACUUUUUAAUGACUACAGCAAGAGAUUUAGCAACAGCAGAAUUUUUCACAGCAAGAGCAUCAGCAUCAGCAUUUAUUGUUAGAAUUUAUGAUAAAUUAAGUGAAACAAACAAAACAAGUGUAAGACAAAUUUACAAGUCACUUGUUAAAGAUGAAACACCAAUGGUUAGACGUAGCGCACUUAAAUACCUUCCUCAGCUUUGUGAAUUGCUUCCAGCUAACAUAAUUGUUUCAGAAAUCGCAAAGGAUAUUUUAAUGGGUUCCGUCAACGAUGAUGAGGACUCCGUUCGUCUACUUUUACCUUCUUCUCUGUCAGUAAUCUCAGCAAAGCUCGGAGAUUCAGACAGAUUAAACAUUAUCGUUUCAUUAGGUAAAAUGAUUGUCAAAGACGGAAGUUGGAGAGUCAGAUCAGCAUUUGCUACAGAAAUUCCUGCUAUUGCUAAACCAUUUUCACCAGAUGUCAUUGUAAAUGAAAUUUGCCCGAUUUUAUUCCGACUUUUACAUGAUCCAGAAGCAGAAGCAAAGACAGCUGCUUGCAAGGCAACAAGUGGUAUGCUUCCGCUUCUUUCCAAACAAGAGAAUUUCGUUAUUGAAAAAGUUAUUCCAGAAUUAUCUUCACUUACAAACGACGGAUCACCAACUGUUCGUCGCGAAGUUGCUUUACAUAUCAUGGAGCUUGCUCCGAUCGUUGGAAAACAACAUGUUUCACAAUCAAUUAUUCCACUUUUCGGACAAAUCCUCCACGACACAGAUAACGAGGCCAGUGUUGCUCUGCUUACAUCCCUCCUUCAACAUGUUGAAGAAGUAGACAUGAAUAGCAUUGUUCCAGCCGUUCUCCCGACAAUUCUCGAAAUUGCGAACGACGCCCAUUGGAGAGUCAUUGUUGCCAUCAUCAAACUCAUUCCAAGUUUCGCUGCCGUACUAGGUACAGAUGAAUUCGGCAAGAAACUCUUCCCACUCGUUCAAAACUGGCUGACUUUCCAAUUUUUCGCAGUUAGAGACACAAUGACACAACAAUUAGGUCUUUUGGUCCAAGAAUUUGGCAGUGAAUGGGCCACGCAAACUCUUGUUCCUUUCAUUUUGCAGUUGAAGACACGUGAAAACUACUUGAUAAGACAAGUAACUUUGAUGUGUAUCAGUCGCUUCCACGGAUAUAUGCCUAUCAAUAGCAUUGUUAAGUAUUUCUUACCAACAGUACUUUACAUGUCAAAUGAUAGAACUCCGAAUGUUAAAUUCAUGGUUGCGAAAACAUUACUUUUAUUCUUAGGAGCGAAUGACCAAAAAGUAACUCAGCAAGUUUCUGCUUGCUUAAAGACAUUGUCUAAUGAUCCUGACACUGAUGUUAAGUAUUAUGCAUGCAUGGCACUCUUAAAGUGUCAAUAA